AAUCAAUCGAAAGGAACAGUCCUAAUUAUCAACACAGCAUGAUGAGUUUAAAGCUUGUAAUUUUUUCGGUGUUUCUGGCAUCAACUUUGGCUGGAAAGUUUUGUGAAGACUUAAUUUGUGAAGACGAUUCAGAUUAUCCUUUGGACGAUUUGAAUAGCUUAGAAUUGUGGAAGUAUAAAUUUCCACAACAAAAAGUUGACGAUCAAAAAAGGCACAAAAGAGAUGAACAAGACACAUAUGAGACAGAAUUGUGUCAUUCUAUAAAAAAGACAAUACAUCCAAAAAAAUUAAAUAACCUUUUAAAUAAGCCACAAGUAGUUGUGAAUCAUGGAAAUUACACUCAAACUUUGAGAAUCGAGGAAUGUUCAAAUCCAAGGUCAUCAUGCGAUUUGGAUACUUUUCCAAAUACUGCUUCGACAAAAACUAUGUGUGUUCAAAAGCAUAUGGAAAUCAGUUUAUGGACAUUUAGAGAUCAAAACAGGAGCUUAGCACAGGAGACUUUCUACUAUCCAUCAUCGUGCAAUUGCGCAAUGUUUAAGAAAAAAAUAGAAGAAUAAAGAAUUAAAGUCUACAAGAUUUACAACCUUUUAAUGAUAAUUAUAGUUGAUGUUCCUAUUUUACGUGUAAACUUAGAAUUUCCUAUUUUAUUGCUGUUCUACCUAAAGAUUCAAUUUCCAAACGAUUAAUUUUCAUUGCCUGACUGUAAUUUUAGUUUUAUUCUGCAAAUUUUUUUAACAUAUAAUCACUGAAAUUGGCACUUCAUUUAACUUCCUGACAAUGAAUUGCCUGUUAAAUCUUGAAUUUCUUUUAUUUGGCUUAGAAUGAUUUAGAUUGCAGUUAUAAUUGCACUCAAAAUGCAUAAUCAGCAUGAAAAAGGCUAAAAUUGCACAUCCUGGCAAUGAUGAAUAAUUCUCAAAAUUAUUUUUAAGCUUUACAUCCACUGAAUUACAUGAGCAUUAAGAAUUUUAACGAAAAACUAUUCAGCUUCCUUCGCAUGCAUUCCUCGCAAUAGCAAGCAACUUAAUAAAAACUUCUCCAGCCAAGUACGUUUAUGCUCAUGUCUUAAACUUGUAUUUUAUUAUAUUUUCAUUAUCAUAAGAGUGUCUUGGAGUUCUCUUGAAGGAGAUAUUUGUUAUGUAUACAUAGCAACAUGUAAUAAAAAGUUUAUUGAACCUUUUUUUCCUUUCCUUUCUGCUUACUCUCAUCUCAUCUCAUAAUUUUCCAUUUUUCUCCACUUGCUUGAGCAAUGAUGUAAUUUUUUUUACUCAACUCGGUCUGUAUACGAUAACAAGAUGACAUGCAAGAGGGAAAAUUUGUUGUUUUUUGGGGGGAAACUUUGUAUGAGCACUAACAAAAAAAAAGUUUUUAUGGGAAAGUUUCUUGUAAUUUUUGUGGUUAUUAAUUAAAAUAUUUUUUUGUUAUUUCUGUUUUUGUAAAUUAAGCAUCUGCUUAAUUAAAUGAAUAUUAAAAGUUUCUCGUAAUCAA